GUAACAUCGGACAAGAAAAGGCAUAAUGAGGGCUCACCGCAAGCAACCACCCGUCACCGCGUCAGGCAUGCCGCCCGCACCCGUCAGCUAUCACCAAUACACCUCCGCAGAUCACACACACAAGUCCAAGCGAGGCGACCGACAAUGGCCUUGUCCUUGCCACCCCCCGGCCAUCAUGUUCUGACACGGGCCUUAGCGCGCUUCUUCCCGUGGUACUGU